AUGGCGCACAAAAAAGCAUUGGAAGCGCUUCAUCGUACACUACAAGAUUUGAGAGAAAAUAAACAGCUCUUCGGUGGUGCACUUAUUUUAUUGUUAGGUGAUUUUCGACAAACUCUACCAGUUAUACCACGUUCAACACCCGCUGAUGAACUUAAUGCAUGUCUCAAAUCAUCAGUUUUAUGGCGACACGUACAGAAAUUGACUUUGAAGACCAAUAUGCGUGUACAAGUACAACAUGAUGCAUCCGCUGAACGUUUCGCAAAACAAUUGUUGGAUAUUGGGAAUGGGAAAAUGGCAAUCGAUGAAUCCACGCAAUGUAUCACAUUGCCAACAAACUUCUGUAAAAUCACAACAACCACAAACGAAUUAAUUCACAACGUUUUCCCAAAUAUUGCACAGAAUUACAAAAAUCAUCAGUGGCUCACUGCACGUGCUAUAUUAGCAGCAAAAAACAACGAUGUCAAUGCCAUCAAUUUCAGCAUUCAAACCGAAAUACCAGGCGAAGCGACAACGUAUAAGUCCAUCGAUACUGUAAUGAAACAAGACGAAGUUAUCAAUUAUCCAACUGAAUUGUUGAAUUCACUUGAUUUUCCAGGCAUACCGCCGCACGUUGUAACAUUGAAAAUUGGCGUGCCUGUCAUUCUUCUCCGAAACAUCAAUCCACCAAGACUUUGCAACGGUACCAGGUUUUCAGUGAAAAAGAUGAUGAACAAUAUCAUCGAAGCUAAAAUUUUAAAUGAAAAAUUUAAAGGAGAAGAUGUACUGUUGCCACGAAUCCCAAUGAUUCCAACAGAUAUGCCAUUCGAAUUCAAACGUUUGCAGUUUCCGGUGCAACUCGCAUUUGCAAUGACCAUCAACAAAGCACAGGGACAAUCGCUACAAGUGUGUGGACUAAAUUUAGAAAAUCCAUGCUUCUCACAUGGACAGCUGUAUGUGACCUGCUCACGCGUCGGGAAACCUUCUGAUUUAUUCGUGUACGCACCAGACGGAAAAACAAAAAAUAUUACUUAUCCAAAAGCACUUCAAUAA